AGAGACGCGCUCAGUAACGCUUCGGGUUUGAUGGCGUGCAGAAGCACGAACUCCUAGUCGAUCCUAAAAGACAAAGUUGAAGUUGUUGCCUAACGCCUUCAAGUUGUCUAGUUUGUCUGCGUGUGUUUUCGGGAGUGUGUACGUUGGAAUACACAAACAAGAAGUCUUCACAUAUCUUCAUCAUGAUUCAUAAAGUUUGCCUCGAAAACAAGUGAUUAGUGUAAAGUGAACCUUCUUCAUGCGUAUUGCCACACAUCAGCUGCAUCAUUUGCUACACGAUCUAAACGUGAGCGUCUCGUGGCGCACAAAUCCAUCGGAAUGGAACACACUCUUCACCGUGCGUCCUUUAAUGGGACGUUCUCAGAGUAUGCAACAUUCGCUUCGGCAGCUCUACUGGCCACUACCAACAGUACCGCUGAUGCUGGCGAACUUGCCGGUAACCGUACGCAGAAGGCAUCCUCCCUAGCCACACCCUGCAUGGUGGUAGUGAUGCUUUCGUACAUUUUUGGCUGCAUUGGGAACCUGAUUGCCCUCAUCCAUCUGUGGCGCAACGUUCGCAAUACGAAACACGCGCUAAUGCUGAAAUGUUUGCUUACGAACGAUCUAAUUGGAUUGAGCGGCAUGUUUGUCCAGAUGUGUAUGCAGCUCUACCUUCCAGCGGACGUAAUUCAAACGAACAUACACAACUUUUGCAUCCUGCGCGUAAUUUGGCGUGUAUUCGGCAUCAGUUCCGGCUGCGUAGCGUUCGUCAUGGCGCUCGAACGUUAUAUAGCGCUGGCGAAGCCAUUCUUUUAUCAUAAGUACGUGACGGAUAAUCUGAUCCGCAAAUCGAUCUUCAUCCUGUGGGGAAUUGGUGCGUUCAUAACGUUUCUGCCUCUGUUUGGAUUUGGCGUUUAUUACGAUGAACGUAAGAAAACGUGUGCCCGGUACCGGAGCGCUACCGAACCGAUGGACGUGGCGUAUGCGUAUUUGUUCUUCAUUGUUGGAACACUGCUUUGCGUAGGAAUCGUGAUCUGUAAUCUAAGUGUGAGGAAGGUGCUGUAUCAAUCGCACCGGAAGAUGUGUCGUCAGUUUGGCUCAAUCAAACCAACGCCAAUGCUAAACCGAUCGAUGAGUCAAACACCAAAAUCGUCUAGCUUUACCGACUCCAACAUCAUGCGCAUGUUCAACGAACCCACGACGGAGGAAAUACGCUUCGCCAAGCUAAUGACCGUCCUCAGUGUGUUCUUUCUUAUUUGCUGGCUUCCGCAGAUGAUCUCCAUCAUCUUGUUGCAACAGCUCAGUGCAGCUAUGAAGCUGAAAUUAUCCUGGGUAUUUCGAGUAUCCGAUAUACUGAUAUUGGUACACUUUAUGCUCGAUCCGUACAUCUAUGUGCUGUUGAAAAAGAGCCGCCGAAGUGACCUGCGCACCAUGAUACGCUACAUGUUUAGUCGCAACCAACGGUUCAACAUCGUGGAUGCUGCACUGUCACCGAUGCAAAAGUCGACCAACUCAUCACCACUUCCUUAGUUGCAUUUCUGUAGGAAUUAUAUAAUUUAGCGGCCAUCGUCUAUCUGGGUGUAACGAAGUAGGACUGAUCUGUAAGAAGGAGGAGAAGAGGGAGAAUUCAAAUGUCGAGAAUAAAACUAUUCAAUUUAGCACAAAACACAGUUUUAGCGUAAG